AUCUGGGCUCCGCGAGGCCACCAAGGCCACCAGCCACCCCUCACACUUACAGCAGACGUACAGCGGCGCGGCGCAACAUUAAACCAUGGCGCGAAAUGAAGAAAAAGCCCAGCUCAUGCUCAACAAGUGGGUGACCAUGAAGGAGCAGUUCAACUCCGGCCAGGCCGCCGAGCGCCGGCCCUUCCUCGCGACCGACUGCUCGAGUUUGGCCGACUGCGAGAAGUGGCGCAUGCAAAUUGUCAGAGAGGUCACGAAGAAGGUCGCGGCCAUCCAGAACGCGGGUUUGGGAGAGCACAAGAUCCGGGACCUCAAUGAUAAUAUAAACAAGCUCUUGCGGGAAAAAGGCCACUGGCAGCGGCGCAUAAGGGACCUGGGCGGGCCGGACUACAACGCCCUCGAGCCGAAGGCGCUGGACGCCGAGGGUCGGCCCCUGCCCGGUGGUGGCGGCUACCGGUACUUUGGGGCCGCUCGAGACCUACCGGGCGUGAAGGAGCUGUUCGAGGCGCCCCCUCCCCAAAAGAAACGUAGGACAAGAGGCGACAUGAUGAGGAACGUCACGCCGGACUACUACGGGUUCCGGGAUGAUGACGACGGUGGAGCAUUGAAGGCGCAGGAGGCGGCAGUCGAGCGGCCGCGCGUCGAGGAAGCUAGACAGGCGGAGCUGGCCGCUCGGGCGGAGCGGCGCGCGCGGAAUGAUGGAGCGGAGUCGUCGGACGACGAUCCCUUGGACGAGCCGGCGUUGCUGGACGGCAUCCGGCGCGCGACGGACGCGUCGGCCCAGGCCUUCGAGGAGGUCAUGGGCGGCGGCGGGGCCCAGGACCUGGCGGGCCGGAAGCGGGCGUUAUUGGAGGCGCUCGGCGCCGACGACGACCUGCGGCCGGCCGCGGCGGCGCCCGCGCCGGCCGCGCCGGUCGCGCCGCCGGUGUCCGAGGCGCCGCCGGUCGCGCUGCGGCCGGCCGAUGCGACUGCGCGUCCGUCGACGGGCGGCUUCUCGGAGCACGGCGACGACGCGCCGGCCGCCGCGCCGGCCGCCGCGCCGGCGAAGCCUCCUAAGAAGCCGGCGGCCAAGCCCGCGAAGGCGCCCGCGGCGGCGCCGCCCGCGCCCGCGCCGGAGCCGGCCGUGCCCGCGCCGGAGCCGGCCGCGGAGCCGGCGCCCGCGGCCGCCCCCAAGUGGACCGUCGGAGAGGUGAACAAGAUGACGGUACCCAAGCUGAAAGCUGCGCUGACGGAGCUCGGGCUCGCGACGGACGGGCUCAAGAAGGUCCUGAAGGAGCGGCUUCUGGCGGCGCUCUAA